GGCGCUAUUGUUUACAAUGGCUGUGUGAGGAUGAAUCUCAUUCUUGUUUACCGUUUCAAGAUGCUACAAUGAUUUCGAUUAUUUCGCUCAUUUGAUCUGAUAUGGUUUUUGUAAAGGAAAAACAUGGAUCCGAUAAACGUGAAAACUUCACGCAUAGAUGAAAAUCAAGAUUUGGUGGCAAAUAUUUCGGAGAGAAAAAGUGUCAAUAUUGAUGCUUGUGAUGCUGAUGAUGCCAUUGCGGAAGACAAGAAAAAUGACAACGAUGAAUGCGACACCGAUGACAGUAAACAUAAAGACAUUUCUUCAUCAGACUUAGCUGUGACACCUCAAGAAUCUAAUGACGGUAGUUCAAGCGAAAUAUCGGAUUCUGAAGCCGCUAACGGUUCUGAUGAAGCUAAUGAUUCAAAAUAUAGUUUGAGUGCAGAUCAGGAGCAUUUGUUUUUCUCUAACAACAAUGGGCCCGUUUUUCCUGCUCGUCACAACAGGGAUUUACAGAUGUCACUUUCUCAUACAAGUGUAGAGCAAAACUCUCUAUCCAAUCAUGAUGAUGAGCAUAAUUUCCAUUCUAGUAACAUUUUAUCAAAAAAGCCUAUUGGAUUAUUUAAUGAUGAAGAAAAAACAUCUGUUUUAAAAUCUCUUAAAAGAUCAGCUUCAUUUUUGUCUUCAAACCAAGAGCCAAAUUUUCUUUCGAGCAGCAAUAUAUCUAGCUCCAUUAAUCAGGAGAGUAUAGGUUUUAAUAAAAAUGGUGCUCACUCAAGUGCAGAUGGCGAAGCAGAAUCCUUGCCACCACUAAAUGCAUCAUUUUUCAACUGCCAGUUUCAAACACCUAGCUGGAUUGAUGACCCAUUAAUAGGAGUUCCUCCUAGUGCCAUGGAAAACAAAAAUACUCACAGGAAAACUGGUGCAGACAUGAGAAUUUUAACUGCAUAUAUGAGAUCUUUAAACGAAAUGAGAUUGCCUGAAGCUAUACCACCAACUGAACUGGAUAAGUACUUGUCAUCAUUCUUUCUGGUAGUAAGAAAAGCUGAUGGCAGUGAGUAUGAACCUUGUAGUUUACGAGCCAUGCUGGCAAGUAUAGAAAGGUAUUUGCGAUUCAAAAAUUAUCCCUUAUCACUGACAAGAGAUUCUGCAUUUUCUAAUAUGAGAAAUGUUUUGAAAUUAAAACAACAAACAUUACGCUCUAUAGGUAAAGGUCAGAAAGCACCAAGUGAGGUAUCACCAUCAUCUUUAGCUAGAGAAGGCAAAAUUUCACAACUUUUCAAAUCUCAGGAAAUGGGACCUUACACACCAAGCUCAGUUGUAUUUACUCUAUGCUUUUACUUCUGCAUGUACUUAAGGCUUCGUAAAUCAACAGAAAACAAGAAGCUAAUGUGGGGAGAUAUUGUCCUCUGUAAAGAUGAUAGCGGAAGAGAGUUUCUUACUUUUUCUAGUCAGAUGCUGAGACGUACUCAAAGUUCUUCAAAAUUAAACUUGAAGCAGCGAAUUUUUAGAGUGUGGGCAGAUCCUACUUGUCCUGAAAAAGACCCAGUGACAAUCUACAAGUUUUAUGCCCAAAAGCGACCCACAUCUAUGAAUACAAAUUUUGCCCCAUUUUACUUAGGAAUUAAUGUUUUGUAUCCUACUCAGGGCCAAUUGUGGUACAGGCCAGCUGCAAUGGGAAUCAAUAAGCUGAACGAAAUGGUUAGGCAAAUAAGAGAUAUCACUGGGGUCCGUAGCACUUCUGAUUUUCACGGAGAACUUAAUUUUGGAGAAAAGCGCACAUCAGAUUUAGAUUUGGGUAGUCGAGAUGAUCAAAGUCCAUCUCAUGAUUUGGCUGAUAAACAAGAUUCUGAAUGUGAAGUGAAAAUGGAAGUCGGAGAGGAUGGCGAAGAAGAUGAUCUGAAUUCAAAUUUGGCCAUUGAUUUUAGUCAUGAACAGUCUGACCCACCGUUGGAUUGUUCUCAACACAAUGGAUCAGCAGCUUCAUUCUCACACAUAGGAUUGACAGCAGUAAACAGCGGAACACAUCCUGUUUUUUCAGAUGGAGAAAAUAGCAAUAGCUCCUCACAGCAAUCAAUUUCUGCUAAUAUAAAUGGAGACCUGAACACUGAAUUACGGAAUGGUAAGGCAGAUAAAGAAAUUGAUCUAACUAAAGACAGCAACACUGAUUACCCUUUAAACUGUUCGACUAAAGGAAGAGCCAACUAUACCAUUUCAGAAAAUUUCAACCAAUUUCUCAAUCCAGUUGCUUCAUUAACAGCAGAAGUUGUAAGUGUGAGUGAAGCAAAGCAACACUUAAUGGAAAUGGUGAGAAGAAUGGACUUGUCUGACCUCCAAGAAUUUGAUCAGUGGCUGAAAAAAGUAAAGUUCAGUUCUGAUCCCCUAUCAGGUGAAGUUGUUUGUAAAGUUGAAGAGUCAAUGAAUGUAAAAGCAACUAGCAGUACCAGUGCACAGGGUGCAAAUAUCAUUUUGAAUAUAUCACUAACCCCCCAGGCCUUGCAGGGGGAGGGUCCCAUAACUGUUACAGCACAAACUUCCAUUCCUUCAGAGCAGCAGCAUAGUUCUUCCAGCAGCAAAAUCAAUUCUCACCUUAGCAAGAACAUUUCAGCCUCUAAACACUCUUCUACUUUUUCUUUGGGUGGCUUGCCACAUUCGACUACCACCUCAUUGCCAAGUCAAUCAUCAGCCGAUAAACCGUUGGACUUAGUGACGAGUCCGGUAAGUAGAAAUACAAAAUCUUCACUUUUAACGUCUCAUGCAAAAUCAAGUCGAUCACAUGGAAGCAAUGGCAUUUUUCCAUCAUUGACCACUGCAAGUGGAUCUUCUGGUUUUGAUUCCUCGUUAGCCAAAAGGUUAAGGCUAUCAGCAGAGCAGGCAGAAGCUUACACUAGUGCCUCCAUCAUGGCUGGGUUAAGCUCUAACUUUGUUAACGAGAGGUUGCGUCUUCAGUUGAUGCAGGCAGGCCUUCGAAUGGGAGAGUAUGGCUUGGAUGCGCACACUGCCAGCUUCAUGGAUGUAGCCAAUUCAGAAGCACUGCGUGCUCAACUCCUGCAGCACUAUGGAAUCAAAUCUGAACCAAAAUAAGCUAGUUAAAUUACCUUGUAUCUGCUACCUCUAUUUUUAAUCACAAUGCCUUUAAAUUAUUUAAACUCAAAAAAAAAUUUGCUUACGUGAUUUUAAUAACUUUUUAAAAAUGUUAGUUUUAUGCAUGGUUAAGGGCAGUUAAAAUUUUAGCACAUUCUUAGUCAGAUUAUUUUAAAAUGCAAAUGUUGUUUAGCAUGGCUUAAUUUUUACUUAAUUUUAAUGAUAAAAACGGCUGAAAUGUUACACCCAGCAAUUUUGUUGUUUAAACGGUCACAUCUUUCAAGGAAAUUUAUUGAAAAUAUUUAACCUCAACUGAUCUCUUAAUUUGUGAUAACUAUUUUAUUAUCUUUUAUAACUGAUGUUUUUUUUUAAACUGUUAACAUCUUUAUAUACUGUCACAAUAUUAGUAAAAUCAAAACUGACAGGCAUGAUGCCUACAAUUCAUAUUUCACUUCUUUAUGCAAUUUAUAAAAUGGUAAUAUACACUUUCACUUUUCCAUUGUAAUUUUUAAUAGUGAAAUUUAGAUUAAAUUUGUAUGGGUUAUUUAUCUCAUAUAUAGUAUACCUUAUGGGCAUGUUAAUAAAUUGCUUUUAAAAUGUAGCAUUUAAUUAUUGAAUACAUUAUUUUUGUCAUACAAUGGUGGAGUUUAAAUGCAUUUAUUUUUUGUCACUAAAGUAAGGACAAUCAACAAAAUCUUUCUUUGCUAAAGGUUCCCAAAUCUUUUUUCAAUCUGCAAAUUUAUAAAAAACAAUAUGCUUCCUGGAUCACUAGAAAUGCAUUACUAAUCUUAUUUUCGAUGUACAGAAGAAAAAAAAUUGAUCCCCUUAAAGGAUAGGCAAUUAUGAAUCAUUAAAAGUGUCUUUGUCUUAAGUAUCUGUAUCAAAGGUUUACAAUGUAAAGAAAGUGCUAUCUCAAAUAGGAAGUAGCCUAUACAUUUCUAGUGUCCCAGUCAUCUCUAUAUCUUGCUCAUUCACAUUGACAUGACGUAUUUUUUUUUAAUGGCCAAUUUAAUAAAUAUUAAAUGUUGCACUAAUAAUGUACAAUCUCAUGUACACUUGGUGGUGGGAAUUUCACAUUGCCUACAACGAAAUUUUUUUUUUAUCUCAUCCUUCACAUGAACACAAUUGUUACUUAUAAAUAGAUGAUAUAGAUAGUCUUUUAUCACCAGGUCACCUUUGGCUCUGUGACUCAUUUUUAGCAUUUUCUGUUUUAGCAAGUCAUGAGAUUUUUUUUACAAGAUGCUAUCUUGAUUUUUUUCUUGUCUGGUAGUUUUAAAUAGAUCAUAUAAAUAGCAUCAAAUGGCUGAAAUGAAACGACGAUUUAUACAUUCUAUUCUUCUAGUCACUAUUAUGUCACUGAAUUUAUCAAGCUGAAACACAAGUGCAAUUUGUUAGCCUCUUUACAGACAUGCUGAGAUUACUAUAAACCUUUCUGUACUUUGUAGCGAGUAGAGAUAAUAUCUGUUAUGUUUAUCAAUGUACAUAUCACCUUCUAUUAUUUUUAACUCUUUGCUAAUUUUCACUAUUUUAAUGCGAGACAAAAGAGUUUCUGUUUUAUUCUUUCAAUUUAAAAAAGAUUUUGUGCUGAAAGGCAGCUAAAUAAUUGUCAGAAGAGAAGAAAAAAUUCCAAGAAAAAAUAAUUGAAAAUUCUUUUUAGAUAUAUUUAUUAAGAUGGAUCUCUAUAAUCAUUUGUUAACACAUUUGAUUUAAUUGUAAUGGUUGUUAUCAUGAAUAAGCUUUUCCAAUAAGUCAACUUCAGGAAUCUUAUAAAAAAUAUCCUGCUGUCAUCUCUAUUUAUCUUCUAUGAUUGUCCAUAAAUCAAAACUGUUUGUAAUAUAUAUUAUACAAGUUGUAAAUACUGUAAAAGACUGAUGCAGUUGAUGUCAUUACACCAUGUUAAAACAUCAUCUGAUUGAAAGAUAGUGCAAGUUUUAUGCACAUAGAUCUAUUUUUUUUUUUCACAUGUUGAUGUUGUCUUGUUUUUUUUAUUUUUGAAGCAAAAAUUAACACCUUGUUUUUUGUCUUACUUGUUUCUUACUCAAUGGUCAUUAUUCCUAUCAAACAUUCACAAAUCUGUUUUUGUUGCUACUAAUCUAAGAAUCAAUGAAAAAUCUCUACUGUAUUUAUAUUUUAUUAUUAUUAUAUAAUGUUCACAUAUCUGAUAAUAAUUCUUCCAAGUUAAUCUCUCUUUACACAUGUUAAAUAUGUAAUUAACAUUAGUUUAUCAUUGCUAAUAUGUAUGCAUUGUCUACAUAUACAAAAUGAAGCAAGCAAGCUUAAGAAAUUAUAACCCCCACAUGCAAUCAAAAUGUUAUAAUAUCUGUGUAUCUAAUGAUAUGAGACUUUGCAUCCUUCACUUAUAGGUUAGAAUUAGAGGUUUUGAAUAAUUAUUCUUACAGAAUAUUUUGGGUUCUCAGGUACUAGAAUAAUUGUAUAAGAAUAACUAGCAGUUAUGAAGGGACUGUUAUUUUUUAAACUGGGGAGUUUAUCAGUGUUAAUUUACAGCUCCUUAUUGUAUUUAUGUACAUUUGUUAAAUUGUUGGCUAGGAUGACAGCUUGUCCAUCUUAUACAAUAGAAAUCUCUUUUUGAAAUAACUAGUAAGAAAUUAUUUUUAUCAUCACUUUAUGGGAACUUAAAUUAGUUACUUAUUUAAACUUUUAAUAAAUAGCCCCAACUACUAUUUAUUAUUAUAAAACAAAUCAGUUUUGUGAUAGUAGAAUGCAUAUUAUUUCUUUUUUACAUGUGCUUAAUUUUCUAACCCAGGAUUGAAGAUGGGUGUGUCCAUAAACUCAGUAGUUAGAUAAACAAUUUCUCUUUGUAAUUAAAAUAUUGUAUUUUUUUACUUGCACUGCUUGGCUGCGCCAUAAUUGUGAUGUACAGUGCUGUUGUUUUAAUAUUGUACCAUGUAAACUUUGUUGAAAUUUACCUCACUCAAUCUUGUAUAUGUUUACACAUUUAUAUAUGUUUACAAAAAAAAAAUCUACCAACGAUUGUUGAGCCAGUGAUCUCUCCUUCACAUAUCUCUAACCCUAUUCUUCCCUGCUUAGCUCUCUGCAUAUUCAGAUCUAUGACACCAAGCAUGAUGUUAAUGAACACAACUUUAGUCCUCAAACAACGAAAUGCUCCCUUUAAAAAGUUGUCUGCUUUCUUUAGAUUUGAGAUUAUUUCUGAUACAAUUACAAGUCAAAGUCUAUAUUUUUGUACAAACAAAGUUUUGUUUUGUAAUGUCAUUCUAGAUUUGUAUCUUCAAAUAUUCAACCUCUGAAAACGCAAGCAACCAAGUUAAUAAUUUGAAUUUUCAUCCCAGGUGGAGUUGUAUUUUUUAGUACUAGUAAAGUGUAUUUUCCUUUGUAGUUUUCAUGAGAUCACCAUGUAGUUUUAUGCUGGAUCAACCUGUUGUAUACACCUUGUAUACAGAUUGUGGCUCAUUUGUUGAUGUGAAGAUAGAAGUCAGCUGUUCUCAACAGGGUUUUAAAAAUGUGUUUGUCAUUUUGUGGCCUUCUAUACAGUUUAGGUAAAUUUAAUCUUUUUAAACUUUUUUUUUACUGGAAAAAUGUUAAUCAAAAUUUUAAUAGUUAUAAUUCUUUUAAGCAUGCUGUGGCAUAUUGAAAAAAAGGCUUUAUUUGAAAGUAAGUAUAGAAUAAGUACAUUAACCAUUUUUAAUACAAAUGCACUGAGUUUUUUCUGAUGUACAUAAAAUAGUAUUUUUUGCUUUUCUAACGAAAAAAAAAAAUCAAACACUUGAUAACAGCUGAUGGCAUUCAAUGUUGGCCAAGGUUUUACAUCCCAAACAAAUAAUUAAGAAGAGUAAAUGCACUAUCUUUUAUUAGUAAGUUGUAUAGGUUUAGUUAUAGAAGAAAAUAUAUGCUUAUUUAUUAUUAAAAUCAGGGUUUGUACUGCAAUUUUAGUCUUUAUAUCUCAGGUCUAAAUGUUUCUUUGUAUAUUUAUAUACAUAUAUAAAUAUAUACAUAUAUAUUUAUAUUAAAUUGAGGACAAACCAUUUAUGAAAACAUUGUAUCACUUUUUGAAUGUAUCACCUUUUCACAAACAGUGCCGUCUUUUUCUCUCUUUGUAUGUAUCUUCUUGUCUUUAUUUAUACUUGUAUAGAAUUAUUUAUUUCAUAUGGUGGAGGACACUAGUCACGAUUCUCAAAUUUUAUUUAUCCUUUUAUUUUUGUAUGGCUACUAUUUUACAAAAGCAAAUAUGACAGAAUUGUAUUGACAUAAAUGGGGUAUGCUGUUUUAAAAUCCACAUCUGCAACUUGUACUUGGAUCAUAGACUGAAGUCACAGCAUAGUUCUGUUAGUCUUAUGCAUAAUAAGUAAUGAUGUUGGUCUGUUACUUAUGGAAUCAGUUGGAUCAGGAGUGGAUGAAUAAUGCAGCUAUAAAUAUAUAUUCCACUAUUAUGGUUUCUCAUGUUUCUUCAUUUUUUUUAUGUUAUGAUUGAGAGCAACUAUCAUGACCAUUUAUACUGUCUCUGCUAUGUUUGUUUUUUUGGGUUUCUUUAAUUGAUUGUACCUUCUUGAUCUGUGUGUGUGUGUUUGUGCACAACAUAAAUAUGUUGACAAAUAUUUCUGUAGCAUGCCGCUAUUUGAUGUUGGAAGGUGUUUACUGCCUGUUUUGCACUUAAAUUUUGUAAGAACUUCUUUGGUGCACUUUUGUCUUGUUUUAUAUUGUGGUAUAGUGACGAGAGUGAAACUAAAUUUAUCAUUAUACAACCAGCCAAUACUUGGAUGUUUUUAGACCUUUCACUGUUUGGUUGUUUUGCUAUCAAUUAAAAGUCUUUUCUAAGGUGCCAUCUCUGUUUUUUUUAAAAUGCCAACAAGAAAGUUCACUAAACUGAGUUAUAAUUUGGUUAAAUAAAAUAUCACUCUCAGGAAAAACUUCCAAAGAAAUAAAUUCCCUACCUCUCCAACUUUGAAUGGUUAAUUCAUAUUUAUUUCUUUGUUGGGUUUAUCUUUUUAUUUGCCCUAUGUACAUGCUUCUUAGCAGCUGAUAUUAUAUUUGUUAUAAAUAAUAUUCUCAUCAUUUAAUAACUGCUGCCAAUGAUUCAGGUGUUAGCCCACAUUCGACUCAUUCAGUCAACAUUCUUUUUAUUUUGUUAUGUUGAUGAAAGUAGCAAUGAAUUUUGAAUACUGGAUAUUCUUUUUAUUAGCAUUUAAUCUAAGUUUGUAACAUUUUUUUAAUAGCAUACUUUAAAAAAAAAUUGAAUCAGUUUGAUACAUUUUGAAAAGAUUCUAAUCUGCUUUUGGAAGAGAUUAUUUUAAAUGCUUGUUAAAAGUACAUUGGAGUUUCUAUAUAUAAUCUUACUUUUUGGAUGUGUUAUUUUGAAGGGAAAAAAAUUCACCCACUGAAAUUAAUCAAUGUACAUUUUUAUUUAUUAUAACAUAUCAUCAUCAUAUUAUUUUGUGUAUGUGGUGAUGGGAAAAAACAUAAUCAAAAUAAUUAUUCAUAUUGAAUUUAUUUUAGAACUGCCUGCUGUAACAUUAGAUAAAUCAUUUAAAAUUAAUAUGUACUUUUUGUUGAUUUUUUUAAGAAAAAGUUUUUACUUUUUGAGAAUAGUCUUUUUGACUUAUAAUCAUUUUUUAAAAGUAGAACUGAUUUAUUGAUCUCUUAUUUUAUGAAUUAAUUAAACCCUUUUCUUCAACUUUUAUCUGACAUGUUAGUAAACCUUUGAUCCCAACAAAGAGAAAGGCAGCAGUUUAGACAUGAUUACCUAAAUUUAUCUUUGGGUAAGCCUGUUGUUUCUUUUCCCUGAAAACUUAAGACUAAAAAAUUAAGAAAGAUUAGUUUUUUUUAACAUUUUUUUUUAUAAGAGGAUGUUAAUAAUCCCCUUUUUUUUCUAUUUGUACAAGGUAAGAGUUUAUUUCCCCUACACUAAAAAAAAUCUAAAAUCUUGAGGAAAUCUUAAAUAGUGCUGUUAGAUUAAUUUUGUGUGUACUUGACCUUUUACUCUAUGAUGUAGUCCUGAUGAACUAUGUUAUGGUGUAACAUCAUGUUAUAGGUGAACUGCUGCUGUAUUUUGUUUCAAUAAACCCAUUUCUUUUGGUACUGGUUUGUACACAACACACAAAGCUUUGGCUUGCAGAGAAUAUCAGAUAAUAAUAAAGGUGU